AUGGUUCCCGCACGAGCAGUUUUUGGUGCCUUUCAGCGCCGAGCGUUCUCGGCUUCGGCGCGAAAUCUCUCUAAGGUUACCGUACUUGGUGCCGCCGGUGGCAUUGGCCAGCCUUUGUCCCUUCUUCUGAAGCUCAACCCCAGAGUUACCGAACUCGCUUUAUACGAUAUCCGCGGCGGUCCUGGUGUUGCUGCCGAUAUCUCUCACAUCAACACCAAGAGCACAGUCAAGGGCUCCGACCCCACACCUACUGGCCUCGCUAGCACCCUGAAGGGUAGUGACAUCGUCCUCAUCCCUGCCGGUGUCCCCCGAAAACCUGGUAUGACCCGUGACGAUCUAUUCAACACCAACGCCUCUAUCGUUCGCGACCUCGCCAAGGCUUGCGCCGAGUCCUGCCCCGAAGCCAACCUCCUCAUCAUCUCCAACCCCGUCAACUCCACUGUCCCCAUCGUUGCUGAGGUCUACAAGGCCGCCGGUGUCUACAAUCCCAAGCGUCUCUUCGGUGUCACCACCCUCGAUGUCGUCCGCGCCAGCCGCUUCGUUAGCGAGCUAAAGGGAACCGACCCUAAGGAUGAGAAGAUUACCGUCGUCGGUGGUCACUCCGGUGUCACCAUCGUUCCCCUCUUCAGCCAAAGUGGCCACCCCGACCUAACUUCCAAUGCUGAGCUUGUCAAGCGUGUCCAGUUUGGUGGUGACGAAGUUGUUAAGGCUAAGGAUGGUGCCGGUUCCGCUACUCUGUCUAUGGCCAUGGCUGGUGCUCGCAUGGCUGAAUCGCUUCUCCGCGCUGCUCAGGGAGAGAAGGGCGUUGUUGAGCCCUCUUUCGUCGACAGCCCUCUCUACAAGGACCAGGGUAUCGACUUCUUCGCCUCUAAGGUUGAGCUAGGUCCCAACGGUGUUGAAAAGGUCUUCCCUGUUGGUGACAUCGAUGGCAACGAGGAGAAGCUCUUGGAAGCGUGCUUGGGUGACCUAAAGAAGAACAUUGAGAAGGGCGUCGCCUUUGUUGCCGCGAACCCUCCCAAAUAA